AUGCCACGACUCGUCCGCCGAGCACCUCUCGGCGAGCGCAUCAAAGCAUAUCUCGACCCAUACGAUUUCCUGCUAUCACUGUCCGAGACUCUCAAUGACGACGCAUACGAAGAGUGGUUGAAGAUAUGGGCGAUACCGAUCGGAAUCAGUCUCAACAUUCUGUUCAUCCUGGCACGAGGUGCGAGUAAGACUAGCACGAAGGGCGGGGACGAUGUGUUUGGUGAAGAUGGCAGCAGCAGCGGAUGGUUCGCAUGGCUGUGCGCAUUCGUCGUCCACGCGUUGACAUUCGCAUGCUGUCUGAACGCUUUCUACACCUUCUUCAGGUCAAGACAUUACCGGCUCUUCGAGCAGCCUGUCGAUAUUCCACCGCCCACACCUUCCGCGCAUCGAGUGAAGGUGGACAGCUCUCCUGCAUCUGCGUCGCCCUUGCGAUAUUUGCAGAAUGUCAUCGCAUCGAGCACGGCUGCAUCGCGUGCCUACCCAGACGCUGAACGCGAAGUCUGGGAGGUCAGUGUCUGGCAUCCACGACCGCUGAACCUCACCAUCUUCACCCUGUUCUCGCCUGGACAUCUCCUCAUCUACUACCUGCUUCUCCCACCAGCAGCUCUGGACUCCAGGCCGUCGGUCACAGUCAUGCAAGCAGUCGCGUUCAGCAUACUGCUAUCAUUGCAGCUCGGCUUCCUCAAGACUUCCUUCAGUCGGCAGUCGAAAGACACUGCGCUGGUGCACGGCGAAGUCAUGAACGAGUACGACACGAAGUUUGUGCAUCCCUUUUUGAACAGACCAGUACGCGAUGUUGGCAUCCAGACUCGGGAAAGUGCAACAUCUCCUCGAGGGACCAGGACUCGCGAGGUUGACAUCUACACACCGACCACCAUCAUCAAGCGAAGAUUCAAGACAAAUCCCAACCCAAACUAUGCUCGACAGUACGAUCCGGAUAAUCUUGCAGCACAGCCAUCCGAGUCAAGAAGGGCAUCUGGCUACGGCACGCCAACCGUCGGCACUCCGACGCACGUGAAUGGGUACGUCAACGCGCAAACGCAAUCACGACCUCGACCGAGUCUCGGCACAGCAGACCUCCCACGGCCUCGCCCAAGUGCAAGCGCGGCCGAUCUUUCAUCGCCUGUGGCGUCCCACUACGAGCGUCUGAAGGCGCGAAGUCCCAUGAAGGGAGAUGGAGGUAGUCUGGGCGUGUACAGCCACGCCGCGAGUCCACUGAGGAAGGCUGCUAGUAGCAACCAGCUUGGUCUGGGCAGGGAGGGUGCCGAUCAAAGAAUCGCAAGUCCGCUGAAGAAGCGCGUGAGCACCCCUUAUGGAAGCAGUGCGAUCAAUCCUGCUACGCGAAGGGAGUCUGGACGAUUCUAG